AUGCCCCUCUGCUGUUGUACCCAUGCGCUGCUGCUAGCGCAUGGGUGUCCUAAGCGAUAUCGUUUGCCAGAAAACUUCAAAAUCAAGGCCCAAGAUCCCCAUCACAGGUUCAAGACAUCGAUUGGAGCCACUUUUGUUCUUGGACCUACCCCGAAAAAUGACCAGAAGUGGCCGGAAUUUCAACCCGAAAUUCAGCCAAACUUUGGAAACCAUACCUCACUUGUCGAAAUUGGUGGCCGGAGGAGGAAGAGCGAGGCCGGUCAAAUUUCGGUGGCUGAGACGGCGGCUAGCUGUGGGAGGAGGCUGGGGUGUGACGGCGGGGCUAGGCUGGUUGCUUUGGGACCGGUUUCGUGGGUCGAGGUGGUCGGAUGGGGUGGUUAUGGAGGAAGAGGGUGA